AUGGGGCAGCUACGCGACUGCCCGACUUAUAUGAUGGAUGUGCGAUGGGUUGCAGGCUGUCGAGGCGCGUCAAACACCAGUAGACGUGCGGGCUCGGACAGAAGACUGCGAGGGCAGGACUGGCAUCUCACCUCUGGAAUUUCCGAGUUCGGUCGAGCUGCCAUGUCAGCGCGCAUGUCGGAUCGACAGGGACGCGCGAAGCGCGCAUUGGACAGGUGCCUGUCAUGGCCAGCGGAGGCUUCGCGCGGACAUUACCCGCCGACGCUGC